UCGGAUCUCCGGCAGCAGCGCCUUCCCCGCCGGGAAGAGCCCUUGGGGCACUGCCCCACUGCACUGAGCGGCAGCCGAUGGCGGCGCGGCUGAAGCGGUGCGUGGUGCGGCGGCGGGACGGGCCGGAGCAGCACGGUGUGGCCGCGUCCUGCCUGCGAGAGCUGCGCGACAAAGCUUGUGGUGUUCUGGCUAUUGACAAGGCCCGGGAACCCGUCACCUUGGUACUGGCAGAAGAUGGGACCAUUGUGGAUGAUGAAGAUUACUUCUUGUGUUUGCCAUCUAACACCAAGUUUGUAGCACUGGCCAAGGAUGAGAAAUGGUCCGGCAAAAUCUUAGAUAGUGGAACAUCCUGGCUCUCGGAGUCUGUGGAUGAAGUGGACAGUGCUGCAGAGAAGUGGAAGCAGCUGGCCAGGCAGCUGAAGGAUGACCUGUCCAAUAUCAUCCUGAUGUCUGAAGAAGAUCUCCAGGUGCUUAUUGAUGUGCCACGCUCAGACCUGGCAGAAGAACUUGCCCAAAGUGAAACCAAAAUCCAAGUGCUGCAGAAUACCCUGCAGCAGGUGCUGGACAGACGAGAAGAAGAGCGUCAGUCAAGGCAGCUCCUAGAACUCUACCUAGAGGCCUUGAAAACUGAAGACAGUAUCUUAAGCAAAGUUGCAGAACCUCAGGCUGCACCAAGGAAGGAGAUGGAUGUGGUUGACACAGGUACUACCAGCACAGAUUCUUCAGCCACAACAGCACUCAGCGACCAGGUCCUUGCUGCUCUGAAAGAGAAACCUGCUCCAGAGCUCUGCUUGGACAGUCAGGAUCUAGAGCUGGUGUUGAAGGAAGACGCAGCAGGCCUGGCCUCGGCCCUGGGAUGGGACAAGCAGAAGGCUGGAGCUCUGCAGGAAGCCUGUGACCAGGAGCUCUCCAAGCGCCUUAAACAAGUGCAGGCCCUGCACUCUCUACGGAGCGCGUCCAAGGGCAAGAAAACCCUGCCCUGGGGGGACUGGCCCAGUGCAAAACGCAAAAAAUAAAACUGCAGUGCUGUUUGCAGUUUGGUUUUUGCUUUUGCAUUAGAAUCAAUACAAGCAAAGGCCCAUCCUGGGAACCAUAGUUUGCUGGUCAUACUGUGGUCUAGCUAUAGAACUGCUAAAAUCUGGACAUUGUCCUGAGGCUUAAACUCCUCUGGUGAUUUGAAUUGUGUAAGCAAAGGGAUUUUGACUUUCUGCAGAAUGCUAGAACAAUGGUAUUGCUAAGCACAGCAUGAAAGUGUUCAGCUUUCAAUACCUGGUUGGUGGCCAGCAGCUUCCAUCUGAUAAUGGUGGAUGCAGUUCCUGAAUCCCCACGCAGUUUACUUACUUUGUUCUCCCUCCAUUUUCAGUGUUUAAAAGAAUGGAGGUUCUCUAGAAGACACUUUGAGGCACAGUUAGUGAUCAGGGCAGAGGGACUCCAGUCUGGGAUGUAGGAACUUGAAUUCUCAUGCUGAUUUAAUCAGUUAAAGGUAAUUCAAAGUCCGUCAACUUAAAUACUUUUUCUGUAAAGAACUUCUGCCUCUUGGAUGCUGUGUAAGAGCUAUCAUAUAAAACACAGCAAAGGUGGAAAUAAUUGCUUUGUAAGGCUGUGUGACAGAAGACUUGCAGUUGGCCUGCUGUCUUAUUCUCCUAAUCAUGAUGCUUUUGUAUUAGCUGGCUUAUUUUUAAAUUUUUAAAGUCUUUUUUUUCUAAUAUCAAUAAAACCGUUUCAUCAUA